UCUGCCUGCCUGUCCGCCUGCCUGGGACGAAGGAAGCCGGCCGCCGGGAGGGGCCCCAGCGCCCCGCAAGGCAUCUCUCGGACCCUCGUUGAGCUCGCGCCCCUCGGACCAACCGCCCCCCGCCCCGAAUCCCCCAGAAAAUGAUGCAUCCUGUUGCCAGUGGUAACUCCCCUUUCUGUGGGACCGGAAAGAGUUCUUGCCUUAAUGAUGACAACGGGACAGCCGCUGAUCAGUUUGAUUUAUAUUCCACGCAACAAACCAAGUAUAGCCACACAGUCAGCCACAAGCCAAUACCAUGCCAGAGACAAGAUGCAUUAAAUGAACCACAUUUGCAGACUACAAGUGGCAGGAGUAUAGAGACAAAAGAUGAACUAAAGAAAAAGAAAAACCUCAACAGAUCUGGUAAACGUGGAAGACCUUCGGGGACCACAAAAUCAGCGGGGUACAGAACAAGCACAGGUAGACCGCUGGGGACCACCAAAGCAGCUGGAUUUAAGACAAGUCCAGGUAGACCCUUGGGUACAACUAAAGCUGCAGGAUACAAAGUCAGCCCAGGGAGACCUCCAGGAAAAAAGCAGCAAGCCUUCAGGUGUUCCAGUGAUGCCUAACUCAUAAUGAGCUGGACUUUAUCCUGUAUUUUAUAAUAGGUGUGUUGAAUUGUUUUGGGGGGACUUUGUAUGCACUGGCAACCAUGAACCUCAACAGUACUGGAAGGCUCUUUAGUCAUGUAAACUAAUGGCAGCUAAACUGCUAGUAAAAAUAGAUUUUUGCUGAAGCUAUGAAGUUCAUUAUAUAUUUCCUCAAGAAACUUCGGAAGUAUGAAACUUUUAUUAAUUUUUCCCACAGUGGUGCAACUUUUGACACACAAUGCUAAUGUGAGCUAAUUCACCCUCAGGACAUAUAUUGUGUUGGCUGUUUUGUUAAAUGAUUUUUUUCAACCAAAAGGCUGCUUCAGACCCUUUCUGAACUCUCUUGGAAAGCAGCUGAAUGUAAAAACUACAAGAAUGGCACACCUUUAUGGCAAGGAGCAAGUUGCAUGUCACCAGUGUACCUUUGAGUAACUCUUCUUCUUAACUCCUCCUGUUUUUCUCAUGCUACUCUUCUUUUACUUCUCACGUAUGCAUCUACUUAGUGGUGCCGUGCAGUGUGUUGGGAAAUAACUCAGAGGCAUUAUUGCUCCAAUAUAAUGAAUUUUGUAUUCAAGUAUGCUGAGAAAAUAAUGAAAUAACCUAAGCAAUUUAUGCUCAUUUAUAACGCUUAUUAAUUAUAUCAAAUGGAAAACACACCCAUUUAAAAGACUUAAUAUUGUCAGUUGUGAAAAAUAAACAGAAAAACACCUCUUCCAUUGCUCUAAAGGGCAGUUUAACGCCCAGGAUUUAUUAAUGAGGCCAGAAGAACACUGUUGGGCAUUCCUUGAUUCCAGUUCAUUUUAUCCUCUACUGCGGUUUACAAGUGCCAUGCUGUGGGGGAAUGCAGAAGUCAAGAACUUGAGAUGUUUGAAUGAUAUAUUCAAAUAUUUUUGCUACUCCUGUAUAUAAUCUUCAGAAUACAUUGUGUUUUCUUUUUUCUUUUGUAACACUGUCUCUUGUCAUAACAAACACUGAAACAGCAUGUUAAUUCCUAUACUUUGAUAUUAUUGGGAAGGUGGAGGAGGAAUGUCUCUUUCUCACCAUAGUAUUAAUAUCUGAUUUGUAAAGCAAAUUGAUAAUUUUAUAUUAUAUGCAUUAAUUCUGCUCUUCAUAAGCUAGGAUUGUUGAUGUGUAUUGGCACUGUUCAGAAAAACUACAUGUCAAAUUUGUGCUUUACUUUUCUUUUGGUUAAAUAUAGCAUUUUUUAAAUUUGUUUCAACUUUUGAUAAAGCAUUUAGCAUACUUAAACAUUAAUAUGGAUCUAUACUACCACCGCUACUUUAAAUACACAUAGAAAUUGCUGUUCACUUUCUGAUGAAAUUUACUUAAACUGUAGAACCAAAUAACUUAUAUUGCUAUUUUUGAAGUCUUGCACUGGAUAGUUUCAAAAUUUUGACACAUGCACACACCUUGGUAAACAUUUAAUCACAAAGGAUGCUAAUUAUUGUGAAGGUAGUGCUUCUUUUCUCCUGAUUUCUCCCUACAAGCUCAUAGGUAUAGGUAUGGGUUACGCUCUGGCUGCCCAUUGAUUGUUAGAACACAUUUUGCAACUUUUUAAGAUAAAAUGUCAUUGAUCAGGAACCAUCUUGCAUUUGUUUUGCAGUGUAACAUUUAUGUUAUGUUUAAAAUCUUGGGACAAAACCAGGACAGUCAGAGUAAUGCAUAUGGGAUGAGAAUUUCCUUUAUAUACAAUGCAAAAGGCAGUUAAUAUACAUAAUUUUUAUUCUGAAGGGCUUUGAAAGGCAGGGUAGUAGAGAUAACUUUACUGCUAUUUCCUAAGUUGUCAUUCUGCUUUUUAUUACUGUAUGUACAGUGCAGCAUCAUGCUACUUACUAAAUAUAAAACUGUUGCUUGCAGUCGGAAUUUUGGAGUUCUUAGACAUUAUGCUUUUUUAUUAUACAUAUAUUUAACAUAGGUCACACACUAUACACAUCAGAAAUUACUAGAGCGGCUUUUCCUUUUGAUUUUUCCUCAAAUAGAUAAAAUUCGGUUCUGCAAUGUGUAAUCUAUUUCAUCUUGAAAGUUAUCAUAAUUUUAUGAAAUUUUAAAGAAAUCUAUGCUUUAAUGGGCCUUUUUAAGAUUCUCAUCUUCCACAAGUUGCUUUUCCCAUGGGACAGGUUAUUUUGGUGGAAACAAUUGCUCAUUCAAUGACAUCAUCCUGUCUUCUGCUGUAAAAAGUCUGAUUAGAUACUGUGUAUGUUCUUACGUCCAUGAACUUCAGCUACUCGUGUGCAAUUGUCUGUAUGGGAAUGGAGUAGUGUUCAUGAUCUGUAUUUACGUCAUCAUAUGGAUGUAUAUUUAUUAAUAAAGUAAUUGCUUUAA